UCGCGCUCCGAGGCCAACAUGCCCAGGACCAGACAGGGCAGCCGUCGAGGGUCGUCGUCGUCGUCGUCUCGCCGCUCCCGCACCUCCAGAGCCGAGCUGACCUUCUCUGUGAGCCUGGUGGAACACCAUCUUCGGGAGAGCGGCCAUGCCCGGCGGCUGAGCGAAACGGUGCCCAUCUUGCUGACCGCCAUCCUGGAGUUCCUGACCCGCAGGCUGCUGGAGCUGGCAGGCAAUGAGGCCCAACGCCGAGGCGCACAGAGGCUCAUCACCCCGGAGCUGCUGGACGUGACUGUCUACAAUAACACGCAGCUCAGCCAACUGUUCCAGUUCGCCACCAUCUCCCAGGUGGCCCCGGGUGGCGGCCCUCAUCGUGGGCGUCGACGUCGACGCUAGCUACUACCUGCUGCUGUUGCUGCUGCUGGCUGGCUCCGGGUUGCUGACCUGCCCAUCCGCCCCAGUCCAUCCACCGAGCAUCGGUUCAUCCCGGUUCAUCCCGCCCAAACUUUCCCACAGACAGCCCGGCGAGGCUGGUCAGCCUCGUCCCUUCCUUCUCCCUGUUGUGCUCUUAUUAAAGCUUUGGUUCGAGAAGCCCA